AUGCUCGACUCGACAGGCAAGUUACUAGAGCGGCUCAUUCUCACGAGGCUCAAUGACCACCUCGACAGCACCGGUCUUCGAUCGCCAUACCAGUACGGCUUCCGACGCGGCCGAUCGACAGAGGACGCGAUCAAGCGACUACUGGUGACAGCUCAAGGUGUGGCACAGGGGGCGGCACGGAACCGGGACCUGUGUGUGGCCGUCUCUUUAGACGUCAGGAACGCAUUCAACACUGCGCCAUGGAGAAGGAUAGACGCCGCACUCCGCGAAAAAAAGGUCCCUUCGUACCUCAUCCGACUCAUCAGGUCCUAUUUCCAAGACCGGUCCAUACUGGUAGGCCAGACUCUCCUCCGGCGAAGUACCACGUGUGGCGUUCCUCAGGGCUCGGUCCUCGGACCAGCACUCUGGAACACUGGAACAUCACUUCUCGAGUUAGAAAUGCCUCAGGGCGUACAACUAGUGGCGUUCGUGGAUGACGUUUGCGUCCUCGGCAUCUCGCGGAAUGGCGAGUCCACCGCGACGCUUAUUAACCCGGUCCUCGAGGCGGUGGCUGAGUGGAUGAACACUAAUGGCCUCCAACUAGCUCCGGCCAAAACUGAGGCAAUAGUUCUCACCAGAAAAAACUUGUACAACGACCCUGAGCUCAUCGUCGAAGGUCAUUUGAUCCAAGCCAAACAAUCCAUGCGUUACCUCGGCGUCGAGCUUGAUACAAGUCUAAUGUUCACCAAGCACGUCCAACAGGCGUCGUCGAAGGCGUCCAAAUCAGCGCUCACCAUAGAGAGACUGAUGCCCAACGUCGGAGGACCGUCGCAGUGCAAGAGAGCUCUCCUGGGAACAGUCGCCAACAGUAAAAUACUGUAG